UUGUAUGCAUUGGUAUUUAACAAAAAAUAGUACUAGCAGCAGCAGAAGACAAGAGUUUGAUUAAUUCAGAGAAAAUUCGGAGAAAAAAAGUAUUUUUUGAUAUUGAAACCGAAUGAUUUGAAGAGAAACGAAUGUAUUGCUACAACCCGAGCCAUUCUACUAUACUAAAUGCUAUAGUGAAAGUGCCUUACUAGAAAAUCAAAGGAUAUAAGGUGACAACAAUCUUUUUUUGUCGGGGCUCCAUCAUAAUGCUGACACAUAAAAGCUGUGGAGGGCGCAAGAAAAUGCAGGUCUCCUAUGUCAUACGUGAUGGAGAAGAGAAGCAGCACCGGAAUGGUGUCAAUCAAUUACAAUUGGAUCCAAACAAUGGCAAGUUAUACUCGGCCGGUCGUGAUGCCAUAAUUAGGGUAUGGAACUCUCGUUCAGAGUCAAGUGAAAAGUAUAUACAGUCCAUGGAACACCAUAAUGAUUGGGUCAAUGACAUUGUGCUCUGUUGCAAUGGACGUAAUUUAAUUAGCGCCAGCUGUGAUACAACGGUCAAGGUAUGGAAUGCCCAUAAGGGAUUUUGUAUGUCUACCCUUAGAACCCACCGAGACUAUGUGCAGGCUUUGGCAUACGCCAAGGAUCGUGAGCAAGUUGCUAGUGCUGGCUUGGACAAGGCUAUAUUUUUAUGGGAUGUCAACACAUUAACAGCUUUAACUGCCAGCAAUAAUACUGUCACCACAUCUAGUCUUAAUGGUUCCAAAGACUCCAUCUACAGUUUAGCAAUGAAUCCCGCAGGCACCGUUAUUGUCAGCGGUUCUACGGAGAACAUAUUGCGGGUCUGGGAUCCCCGUACAUGUGUGCGAAAUAUGAAACUUCGUGGUCACACAGAGAACGUAAGGGCACUGGUCGUAUCGGCCGACGGUAAUCAAGUCGUUUCUGGAAGUUCAGAUGGUACUAUUAAAAUAUGGAAUUUGGGUCAACAACGAUGUGUUCAAACUAUACAUGCUCACAAGGAGGGUGUGUGGAGCCUGCUAAUGACCGAUAAUUUUCAAUACAUUAUUUCCGGCAGUCGAGAUCGCAAUAUAGUUAUAACAGAACUUAGGAAUCCCAGCAAUUCGAUGGUAGUAUGUGAAGAAAAGGCUCCAGUAUUAAGUCUUUGCUUUAACAUCGACAAAAGCGGAGUGUGGGCAACCACAUGGAAUUCAGACAUACGAUGUUGGAAACUGCCGUUAUAUGAUAAGUGUACCUUGAACUCUAGUGGAGGUAUGGAUGCUCAGUGGACAUCAGCUGGAAGCGAAAUUUCAUGCAUUAAAGGGGGAGCUGCCAUUAAAAAAUGUGUAGUUUUAAAUGACAAACGACACAUUGUAACGCGCGACACUGAAGACAAUGUGGCCAUCUAUGAUGCGCUACGAGUUGUUAAAAAAGAAGAGUUGGGCAAAGUAGAUUUUGAAGAGGAAAUCAAAAAGAGAAACAAGCAAGUGUACAUUCCCAACUGGUUUACAGUGGACUUGAAGACUGGGAUGCCUACAAUAGUUUUGGGUCAAGACGAGGUUGAUUGUUUUUCAGCUUGGGUAUCAAUAGAAGCUGGUCUUCCCGAAUGCUCAGAUCCUCAAUCGGAAAUAAAAAUAAACUAUGGUAAAUUGUUAUUAGAAGCUUUAUUGGAAUAUUGGACUCCGCCCCACAGCUUGCCACCAAAUGAAAUGGAACAAGAUAUUAGAGGCAACAGCUUCUUUCAGGUGCCGAAGCACACACCGGUGAUUUUUAGUGAGGUUGGUGGACGUACUGUUUGCCGUUUACUGGUGAGGGACGCUGCGGGGGAAAGCGAAAGCACCCUAUUGCAUGAAACAGUUCCUCAGUGGGUCACCGACGUGGUCAUUGAAAAGGCUACACCAAAAUUCUUGAAAAUUCCUUUCUUCCUAACACCACAUCCACAAAUGGGCAAACCGGAGAGAACAAAAAAGGAUCGAUUGGUAGCGAACGAGUUUAUUCAAUGUCGCAAAGUCUGUGAACAUGUUUUGGAUAAGGUUCUUGGAGCAGAAACAACACCCAGCGGGGGCAAUGCAUCAAGUUCUUCACAGAACAGCGACGCCAAUUCUGAGGGUUCGCAAGUACCAGCUGAAGAUCGCAUAGAACUAUGGUGCAAUGAUGUGGUGGUAGAUCCCAAUAUGGACUUACGCACCGUGCGGCAUUUCAUAUGGAAACAGUCUACCGAUCUCACAUUCCAGUACAAAACCAAGCCAAAUUUUUCAUAUGAUGGAAAACUUUGAAUGAAUAAUAAAAGCUGCAGUUUUGGUGAUUUGCAAACAUUCAGCUGAUGAUAAGGCACAAAACAAACAACUUAGGCACCAUGUGACCGACCACAAGCGAGAGGCAUCUAUCUGUUGAAAACCACACAAAGGAAAUGCCAAAAUUCACAAAUUUAAUUUAUAUAUUUCGUUGUUUGUUUUCGCACCUUCUCCCCUAAUAUCUCGUGUGUGCGUAUAGGGAAAAAUUUGUAUAAAAUCAAAUAUAGAAGAAAUUGGCAAACCGUUACAAAAGGAAUUUAUCUCUUGAAUAUUGGUGAAAACAAAACCCACACAAAAUCGUGUCAUUCCAUUGAACACUACUCUUGUUAUAUGUACAUCAAACAAAAGCAACAAUACUCAUUCCAAGUUUCCCCUAAAUAUUUUCUUACUUUUCUAGAAAAACGGACAAUGGUCGGAGAAAUUCUGUUGUAGCGGUUUGCCAUAUAUUUCGCUCUA